UUUUUAUUCACGAAGCAUAAGGUUAACGGUUUAAAACGAUAUUUUUAAAACAAAGCAAACCAUUGAUAGGAACCAUGGUGUGGAUAUGGAAAGGUUAUUCUUGUUGCAAGUAACCCCAUGGUAUCCCAUGAGCGGUCAUUGGAAUCAUACGCAGUCAUACAUUGUUGAUUAUUGGGCAAAAUGUCUCGCAGGUCACCGUCAGAACUGAGAGCACAGGAAAGACACUCUUCUGCCACCACACAGCAAAACAAAUAUCACACAAAAGUAAUAGUCAAGCAGGGCCAGUGGCUAAUUACCUUUUAUCUGUUAUCAUAAACGGGAUACGUAUCGAGUGUACGAUGGCAUAUUGCUUCCUGAUUUUCCUCUCUGAAAAGACCUUUUAAAUUGAUCAUUUCCAAUGUCUUUACAAGCCCUUGGCAAAAUCCUCUAAUAACUCAGUUUUGUGCGAGCGUGGCAGUCUGCACAAGCCAUUGUCCUUCUGUACUGUUUUCUCAAGUUGACUCUGUAACGAUUCCCUUUCGAUGGAAGCAACAGAGUAUCUUUAAUAUCAUUGUCUUGGGUUUCUGCGUGUAAUGCGAGGAGAAGCAAUGGAAAUAGUGGCUGCCAGCUUGAAUGCACACUCCGCGGCAUUACAUAAUCAUCAUUAAUCCACAGUAGAAUGUAAUUCACGUGAGUGGCUCGAGUGUGUAGGCGGUUCGACGGCGUGCGGACAGCUGAGUUGGGUUCAAACAUCCUGGGCCAACACAACAGGACGAGCGGUCAUUUGCAGCAAGCGAUUCGAAAACGACAACAGUCGGCAGCAAAACUUACGUGCGGCUGUCAAUUGUGAACGCAGCAGUAUAGAAGGGCCCACGUACGGUCCUCCUGUCACGCACAAAUACUCUGACACAUUGGGUGACUGCACGUAUCCUGUUACACUUGUCGGUGGUGCUGUCGCCGCACGCAUUCUUUUCAAUACUCCAAGCAUACAGAGCAAUUAGAACUUGGACGAUUUUUCAAUACUGAAAGACACUCGUAUCCUGUCGCAACGGCGACGUCAUCCGAAUGUCCACAGCACCGACGGGUAAUGACUUCAAGCAAUCUGGAUGACGCGGUGUAUGCGAGCAACGUCACAGAUAAACGCUCGCUGCCCCAAAGCUCACAAGAAUCAAAAGAAACCGAAAACCCUGCUCAACAUUUGGGCCCAUCAAGAAGAGCAAAACCUAGAAAGUUCGGGUAUUUGACGCUGGACGUCGGUACACCUCUUUGGGACGCCUUGCCACCUUCAUUACUCGCUCGAUUAGAUGCACAGAUGACGGAGGAUGGCACAGACCACGAUGAGAUCAGACCGCUCUCUUUGGCUGAAAAACAAAAGUCUGCAGAAUUCCGGGCAAGGUCCAUUUCGACACCGGAUUUGGUGGGAACAAGGCCAGGGCCAGCCAGAGAUAGAGCAGCAAGUCAUGGGAUGAGCGGGGGAAUGUCUCAGGUCCGUACUGGUGCAGGUUCUGGAGUUAAUAGACGACUGAGGUCAAGGUCAGCUCCAUCAACCAACGUCCUGGAUGUCAUGGCCGCAGCCCGCGAGGGCGCGUCGACAUUACAUGAAAGACAAGCACAUGAUGCAAACGGGGGCCUAACUACUACCUAUUCACCGCAACUACCCUCACUGCCCGUAUCUAUUACGUCGCAAAGCGUUCCAGUGCCUAGUUCCCUUCCAUCACCACCUGCCGCUGGUAAUCCACCAUCAGAGCCCUCCACGAUCGUAACAGCCCAAGAUUUGCCCGCACCCACUACUGAUCCAGUAUCGCUUCCCAAAUCACCUCGACCUGAACCCCCAUCCAUUGAUACCAAGCUUGCCGUCACCGCUCCGUCAGCAAUGCCGUUAUCAGCUGAUGCUCAAGUCCGAGCAGAAAAAUCAUGGGACUUGGAUAUACCAACGGUUCAACAGCAGAUCAUGUCACGUCCAAGUUUCAAUUUGCAAAGAGAUACACCAAGUAUGGGACGACCUGCAAUGGAUCACGGUCAUUUGACAGAUGACGAGGAGUAUUACGAAAAGCCAGGAAAACAGUCUUUUUGGGCCGGAUUUCGGCGAUCGUUCAGCGCAAAUCUUGCAAAGCUACGAAAUUCAAAAAGUGGCGUGGAAUUUCCACAGCAUCCACCUGCUGGUUCGGUCGGAUCGGAUUAUCAUUCAGGCCAAGGGGACCCGUCUGGCCAGGGUCCUGGCCUUCCCGGAAAACAUGAGGGUAUUAGCAGGUCAAUAUCGGACAAUAGCAUGCCGAGAUAUUCUCCAUCAAAACCCCUUCCAGAACUUCCAAGUGUACCGGAACAGCCUAAUUCUGUUACUCACGCACGAACAUCACACAAGCCAAACUCACCAUCUUCUCAUGGCCAUUCGUCGAAUGGCUUACCCCAAGCACAACCUAUCAAAUCAUUAGAGUAUCGGCGCGGGCGCUCAAACUCAGCAGCAGCAGCAUUACCCCCUUCACCGUAUGCGGAGGCCAUUGCAGGUCAUUCCUCAUCUCAUCCUGCACGAGUAUAUCCAAUACAAAUGACUGGCGGCGACGAUGCUGAGCAAAUUGCUCUGCUUAUUCGCAAGCACAAGGAAGCCAAUGUAGAUAGACUGACUGGGUCAAUGUCAAUACCACGACGAAGUAGUUCGUAUGUUCCCAAGGGAACUAUGGAGGGGAAGGCAGGAACUUCCUCAUCAUCAUCAACUGGGGAGAUGGGGGUUUCAAAUGACGCUUCUCGGCGAACUAGAGUCGAUUCGAGUGAGGAGGAAAAGGCGGGAGGAUCCGCUGUAUCGAAACAGUCGAAGAAGAGUUCUCGUGAAAGACAAAAGUCAACCAUGGGGGAGCAAGACGCUUCAUACGGGACAGAAGCUCUGAGCCAGGAGGUUGAACCAUUAUCGUCACCCGAUGUGGUAGUUACACACUAUGAUGGUGAGCCGUCACUGAUGAUGCCGAGCGAAGGCUUGACGAACGCAGGGGAGAAGUCGCUCGAAUACCCAUCGCCGGCGCAGCUGACCGACACAUCCCUAGUCGAUAGCCCAAGAACGCAUGUUUCAACAGAUUCGUCGCCUUCAAAACGAUAUCGUGACAUGGACCCAGAACUCGUCGGCAGACUACUCUUUGAGGAUGCUUUGCCGGAGAUACCAUUGGAGAAGGUGUCGGAGAUUAUAGGAAAACCGGAUGACUAUCACAAAGCGGCAUUGCAAAGUUUCAUCCAAUGCUUUGACUUUACUGAUCAGGAUGUGGAUGAGGGCUUCCGGGCUUUUGCAAACCACUUGUUUGUCACGGGAGAGAGCCAAGUUAUCAACCGGAUUCUUACCGCGUACGCGCAGCGAUACUGGACAUGUAAUCCGCGACUUCAUUCACUUUACCCUAACUAUGCACUGGUGGAUAGCAUAAUGGCAUCUCUAAUGAUGCUCAAUACCGAUCUUCAUCGUGCCAACAUUGGAGCUCGUAGUAGUCAGAAGAUUACAAAGAAGCAAUGGGUGAAUAUGGUCUUGGAAGGCCUGACUGCUCAGGUCAAGGAACAUGGUGCGAUGAAUGGCGAGGAAGGACGAGAUGCUCUGAAAAAGUGGACGAAGGCAAUGGAUGUGCAUCUUCGGCGGAUUUAUGAUCGAACCGCGAAACAGCCAUUACCACAGCGAGAGAUACCAAAACCUGCCAGUGACAUUUCACCCGUAGAUCAUCUCGACAGCGCUCUUUCUUCGCCAGAGGGCACCCCGACAUCCCCCACGUCCCCUAUCUUAUCCCGAUUACGGCGUGAUGAGUCUUCUCUAUCUCUGGCAUCAACCAUGUCCACAGGCACAAUGUUUUCCGUCUCAGAAAAACGAAAGGGAACGAUCAGCUCAUUUAUGCUGAGGAGGAAAGGGGAUCGAGGUGAUAUCCGACACGUCUUUUCAAAUGACAGCAUAGGCCCGCAACAACCUCUUGCGCUUAGUUUGGAUUCCCAGCUGAAUCUUGCAGCUGGGGUUUCCGGGUCAACACCUCCAUCCUUGGGCAGGCACUCGACCACAGGCGCAAUGUCUCAACCACGGAGCAGCUCUAGCAGCUGGGGAGCUGGCAGUCCGUCCCCAGCACGCUCCUCACCUGUAACGGAUAUUCAGUUAGAAGGGCAACUGAUACGAAAGCACCUAAAGGAAAGGGAUGAGGUGAAAGCCAAGCACCGGAAAUGGAUCAAAUUGCAUUGCGUGUUGCAGCUUGAUGUCCAAGCGGGCACACUCGAGCUUUGCAUGUAUAAAUUGGAAAGAAACACGGAGAAAGACAAUGCCGGGUUUGUGGCCGGAGGUAUGGAAGGGGAGUCGUUGCCGUUAAGAAGGGUCGCGACUGGGGACAGUACGGGGCCCAAUACGUGGCUUGGCUCAGGUGGGGAACGGAUCAGAGUCAGUUCGGAUAGUGCUAUUCGAGGGGUGCCUCGUCUCGCAUCACAGCCACCACAGACGUUUAAUUUGCUGCACUCGCUGGCAACUCCGCUUCCACCCCCUGGCUAUUCUCAACAGCGACCGCAUGUGUUUACUCUACGGUUGUUUGAUGGCCAGAUCUAUCUUUUCCACGGUUUCAAUGCUGAGGUCGUCCGAGAGUGGGUAAAGACCAUUAAUUUCUGGGCCGCAAGGAAAAGUAAGGAGCCUUUCCCAGGUAGCGGCGGAAAUACAGAGUAUGGGUGGGGGCCCAUUGUAUGGGAACGUGCUCAGCAACGACAGCAGGAACAGGAAUUGGAACAUAGGGAGAGUGGAGAACGGAGCAGCGGGGAGGGAGUCUCUCCGUCCAGUCUCAGUCCACAGGUGGCUAGCCACAAGUAUGCGUCCAGUAUGAGGAGCUUCACGAGUGGGGGGAGCACGGAGAGUGGACGGAGUGUGGCAACCGUUCCAGGUGUAAGUGGAUUCCAUGGCGACGAACCGGUGACUACAGGGCGACGUCACAAUCGGAGGGGAAGUAGAGACAUUGAUAGAAAGAUGAAAAAGAUGAAAAUCAGUGAGUGGAUGCCGCCCGUGCCGUUGGGUAAGGUCAUGAGCACGGCAACUGAGGAAGCUCAGCUGGAAGUGUGGAGACGACAGCAGGACAUUGUAUCUCGGGAUCUUGAAGAGCAUUCUAGCUAUCGGGAUCCAAUGGAAAAAAUGUAUGCUGGAUAUCCUGCUCUCAGACAGAAAGCCACAGCGAACUGGAUGCGAAAACAGCGUUGGUUGAUGCGUGAAUACGAAAAGUACGGAACCUACGCGCAAAUGUUGCGGGAUUGUGUUGAUGAGCGAAGUGCGAUGAACGUCUCGGCAGCCGCCGCUGUCAGUUCGUCGUCGGCUUCCCCUGUCCAUGAUCUCCCUGUUACUCCUGCUCAACCGUCCAGACGGCGGGCGAGUGUAGGGUCUACAUCUUCAGAAUCUAGGAAAGCACGCGGUGCCGCAUCUCCAAAUGAAGCGCCUCAACCUAAUUUAAGCGAAACUCGAGGCAAAGCAGGAAGUUUGGACAUUAUCCGCGAGGUGGGCGGUGACGAUGGCGGCGUGUCGACAGAAACAAAGCCCCGCCCGAGAAGACACAGUUUGGGACGAUUAUUGGACUUUACGCCGCCCCUGAUUUCACCGCGUGCAUCAAGCGGCAGUGGUGGGGCAGACGACAGUGCCAGAGCCCAAGUGGAAAUUGAAUCAGAGAAUGACGCGAGCCUUCCUCUGUCUCCGAUUGGAGAAACUCGCGACACGUUAUGGAGCAAUGAUUUUUCUAGGCAGAGUGAGGAGAGUUGGAGGACUGCGUUGACUGGGGCGGACAGUGAGGACUAGACCUUUUUUUUGGAACAAUGAUUUUUGGGUUUAGUUGGCGAGCUUCAAGGUCACAUGUGUAUAAUUCUUAGAUUUUCCAAUGACAGUUUUCUAUUUGUUUGGCA